CGCCGCGAAGCUCGGAAGGGGGAGGAGGCAACGCUGGGCGGCGGCGGCGGCGGCUCCACGUGCUCCCCGCGGGGCGGUUGAAACCGUUGGCGGGCGCUGGCUGCGAGACAAGACUUAAAACCUAUCUUGGAUAGAGACUAUUUAACCAUUUAGCUGAAAAUGGUAUUUUUUACGUGCAAUGCAUGUGGUGAAUCAGUGAAGAAAAUACAAGUGGAAAAGCACAUGUCUGUCUGCAGAAACUGUGAAUGCCUUUCUUGCAUUGACUGCGGUAGAGACUUCUGGGGCGAUGACUAUAAAAACCAUGUGAAAUGCAUAAGUGAAGAUCAGAAGUAUGGCGGCAAAGGCUAUGAAGGUAAAACCCACAAAGGCGAUAUUAAACAGCAGGCGUGGAUUCAGAAAAUUAAUGAAUUAAUAAAGAGACCGAAUGUCAGCCCCAAAGUGAGAGAACUCUUAGAACAAAUUGGUGCUUUUGACAAUGUACCCAGGAAAAAGGCAAAAUUUCAGAAUUGGAUGAAGAACAGUUUAAAAGUUCAUAACGAAUCCAUUCUGGAGCAGGUGUGGAAUAUCUUUUCUGAAGCUUCCAGCGGUGAGCCAGUCAGGAAGGGACAAGACCCACAGGCGCACAACCAGGUGACAAAACCCCGUGCAGAGACCUGCACAGCGAGUGAUGCCAGGGAGGAGCGAGCAGGGGCAAAGAAGAACAGAAGGGAAAGGAAGGAAGAGCGGCAGAAGAAUCAGAAAAAAGAAAAGAAAGAACUAAAAUUAGAAAACUCAAAGAGUCAGAACCCUAAGAAGCGCAGAAGGGGACAGAAGGCUGACCUUGAGGCUGCUGGGGAGGAGGCCCCCGGGGCCGGUGGCUCUGCAGGGAUGGAGAGCAGGAAGAAGAGGCGCAAAGGCCAGCCUGCGGAGGAGCGGCAGUGGGGACACGGAGCCGGGGGGCCGGGGCAGGGCGCCGGCCAGGAAGAGACGGGGAAAAGGAAGCGGAAGCUCUCAGAAGUCGAAACAAAUUCUAAGAAGAAAAUGAUGAAGAUCCCAGGACAUCCUGAGGGUGGAGAACUGGAAGACCAUGUGGCUCCUGCAAAAGAUAAAUUCAACUGGAAGGGAACUAUUAAAGCAAUUCUAAAACAGGCCCCAGACAAUGAAAUAGCAAUCAAAAAGCUAAGGAAAAAGGUUUUAGCUCAGUAUUACACGGUGACAAGUGAACAUCACAGAUCCAAAGGUGAACUCCUGGUCAUCUUUAAUAAGAAAAUCAGCAAGAACCCCACCUUUAAGUUAUUAAAGGACAAAGUCAAGCUUUUGAAAUGAACAUUUCUGUAUUUAAAAAGUGAAUCCAUUCUACUGACUUCUUCCUUUCACUGCUGUUUGUAAAAUGUGUAGUGAAUUAUGAUAACUCAGACUGUGCUUUCUGAAGCUGUUAUUUUUAAGUUAAGGAAAAGUAUAUUUUUGGUAGAAAUUUUAUGAAAAAAUAAAAUAUAUUCUUAUCCAAAAUUCU